GAGGAAUGGCAUGAGAUAUGGCGUACGGAAAGCGUAAUAUGUGUUAUUGAGUACACGUAUCAUCCUAACGUGUCCAGAAUUGCCUCGGAUCUACCGUUACAUGUACUUCAAGAGUUUUUGCCGAAGCCAGUUGAACAUCCUAAAGACCUUCCACCCGAUAAAAUGAAUGUGAAGAUGGAAAUUGGUGGCUCAGAGGUGAUGUUCACUGGAUCGUUGAUUAAAUGCGUGAUCGAAUUGAAGAAUAACUACUUUGGAUUAUAUGAUUCGAUGACUGACGUCACACAUCCCGAAGCGAAUGUAACGACACGAUCCAUAUAUAAUCGAGUACCUCCGAAUGCCCCUGUGGAAGCCUAUAGACCAAUGGAGGUUAUAUUCGAUCUCAGAGUGUUCAACAUCAGAGCUCACUGUCUGACCUAUGCGUCGUUGUCAGAGGAAAAGAGUUUCUGCCCGGUUUUGUAUACAGAAGAGAUUGCUGUUGUGAUAAAGAAGGGUUUCAAAGAAACCAUAAUACAGGUUGGCGUUGGUCCUUGUGCAGCGUAUUUCGAACGUGCAGCCUCUACACAGAAUGACGGGUACUUGACUCUGUCUGGAUUGCAGUUCAGAGGACAUGCAAUGUUCUCAUCAGUUGAUUGUCCAUGGGAUAUGGCUGUCGUUGAGUACUGCUGGCUCACAGAAAUUCUGAUUGGUGAGGUCGGAGGGUGUUUUGGUAGUCCAUCUCAGAUUAUCACACUGGUUAACUUUCUCGACACAUUGCUGUUGUUGGUUAUUGCGAAGGAUGACGCAAAAAUUGUCCCAGACAGGUUCAAGUUUUGCCAGCAUGGGCAAACAAGUACAGUCUGCUCGGUAGGAUCACAACCAGGUCGCCCAUGCGAGUCAGAAGAAAGGCUGAAGUAUCGCCAGAUGCGUAUUGCUGUGGAUGGUGUGCAGUUGGCUUUGACGGAUGAAAAUACUGCUAUUACGGUUGGCGUUGGUCCUUGUGCAGCGUAUUUCGAACGUGCAGCCUCUACACAGAAUGACGGGUACUUGACUCUGUCUGGAUUGCAGUUCAGAGGACAUGCAAUGUUCUCAUCAGUUGAUUGUCCAUGGGAUAUGGCUGUCGUUGAGUACUGCUGGCUCACAGAAAUUCUGAUUGGUGAGGUCGGAGGGUGUUUUGGUAGUCCAUCUCAGAUUAUCACACUGGUUAACUUUCUCGACACAUUGCUGUUGUUGGUUAUUGCGAAGGAUGACGCAAAAAUUGUCCCAGACAGGUUCAAGUUUUGCCAGCAUGGGCAAACAAGUACAGUCUGCUCGGUAGGAUCACAACCAGGUCGCCCAUGCGAGUCAGAAGAAAGGCUGAAGUAUCGCCAGAUGCGUAUUGCUGUGGAUGGUGUGCAGUUGGCUUUGACGGAUGAAAAUACUGCUAUUACGGUAGCUGUCGAUCCUAUACGAUUCACUCUCUGCAAUGCCCAUGAGAAAAGAUUUACUGAGCAUAUUUGUGUUCGAAUACCGCAAGUGAAAAUUCUACAAUUGUUCCACCCAGCUGACAGUCCUACUUGGCUUGAAUGCGCACGUGCGAGUAUCUCUGGAGUUUCGCUUGAUAUUGAGCUACCGCAUCCGGCUUCAGCCGGCCAUUUGGAUCAGUUGAGACAGGCAUUCCUUCAAAAACAUGACAAAGAAUCGAAACGUCUACAUUUCUUGUGGGAUCGUACCACGACAGUGUGGAGCUGUGCAUGUUAUGGAGAUACAGCUUUUAUAACGAAGGACGAUCCGCUAGGACAGUAUUUUCUCAUUCAUUUGGAUCAAAAAUUGUGCGUACACUCAAUGAACCAGUCACCUGGUGUGCAGCCGGGCGUCUUUCAGAACAUAGUGUACACCGACAAAAAGCUUUUCCGAGAGGAAUUGAAGCAGUAUUUUGCGCCAUCGCGAAAGCCUAGUACUCAGAGUGCAAGUGAGGUACCAUCAGUGGACACGGCGUCCUUCCAUUCAGCAAUGUCGAAGACUGUUCCGUUAGAGAAAUGCUUGCUAUCUGUGCGGCCACUGACUGAUGCAUAUAGCGAAUAUCUUAAUCAGUACAACGUUGCCAGUAGAGCAAAAUGUGAAGCGCCGCAGUUUGGGGCACCUGGAGAGAUCGCUCAGUGGGUGGACGCCCGCACUUUCAAUGUAUUUGAGGCCCAAGAAGGCAUAUCGUCUGUUCAUCUUACGCUGUUAACCGCCUCUACAACGAAAGGCUCUCAGAAAGCUCAAUCAGGACUUGAGACUCUUUCGGGCGAGGCUAUGUUUGAGCCUCAAGCUUUGGAUAUCCAACCGAGAACGCAAGAUCGAAAAUUCGUAAUCAGUGGUUCAGUUGGAAGCACGAUGAAGAUCUUUUUCACUCCGCUGGCUAUUGAAGCUCUGGAUCGUUUGCUUGUUGAUGUUUCACGAUGUGUUGCGUUGAUUAAUCCAUCGAUGCUCGUACAAAUGAGCUACCGCGAAUGUGUCAACAAGCAGCAUCGUCAGCCAUUGACUGAGCCACUUUUCACGACAAGUGGGUGA